AAUCUGACUGAAUGUGAAAGUCAGUAUGUAUCCUAUCCAAGGGGAGCUAACUGCUACUGUACGCGUUACUCUGGGUGCUACCAUCAACAUUUCCAAGUCAAGCCUCAACUGGUGGGUGAUCCAACAAAGGGGGGAGUCUACACCGGCAAGGAUAGAGGGGUCCAUAACCAUGACUACAUAUUUGAGGUGACGGCCACCAACAAUGCUUUAGUGAACACCACACAUUCUUUUAAGAUCACAAUCGAUACAACGCCUCCUCAUGUUGGAUAUGUAAUGGAAGGUCAAAGGGUCAACCGGAAGUGGAUUUCCAACAGGACCAGCUUUUCCAUACAUACUGGGAUGGAUUCUUUGACAUGGAGAGUGGCGUUUUAAUGUAUCAGUAUGGCGUGGAUCACAAGUGCAUUCAUAAGAAUGAGUUCAAGGCAAACGGCCGUGAU